CGGUAAUCAAUCUCACCAAAGAAUCCGCCAUGUCCUCUAACAUCAUGACUUUAAUCGUUCCAGCACAGCUGUACUUGACCACUCGCGACAAUCUCAUUCGCACGUCCACAUCACAGCUACAAUUAUCUUGAGAAGUCGAGCUCCUCAAUAGAGAUGGCUAUCACGAGAUCACGAUCUCGAGUCUUGAUUCUCAUAGUCUGUUUCGCUAUCUUCACCUUCUGGAAUACGUCGUCACUUGGCAAUAUAUUGGAAGCUCGUCAAUCACCAGCAACUUCAUCAGUAGAAGUACACUUAUUAUGUCGAAGUCUACCGGGUGCGAACGAUACCUUGGUCGUCCUCAAGACCGGAUCUACAGAGAUACAAGAUAGACUACCCAUUCACUUCUCAACUACGUUACGAUGCUACCCAAACUAUAUGAUCUUCUCUGACCACGAAGAAACGUUCAUGGGCGAGCAUGUACACGACGCUCUGGAGGGCGUCAGUCCGGGUAUAGUGACCACACACGAAGACUUUGACCUCUAUCGCAAUCUCAAACAAGGCGGCAGAGCGAUACUGGACGCGAAUGAUCUAAGCGGUUCAAGUACUGAAGCCACGCAAUGGCACGGUAAAGUCGAAAACCCAGGCUGGAAACUGGACAAGUGGAAGUUUCUACCUAUGCUCAACAAGACGUUCCACGAGCAUCCGGAUAUGAAAUGGUAUGUCUUUGUUGAGGCAGACAGCCAUUUGCUUUGGGCAUCGUUGUUGGAAUAUCUGGCUGUUCUGGAUCCUUCCAAACCACAUUAUACAGGAAGCAUCAUGUUCAUCGGCGACACAGUGUUCGCACACGGCGGGUCUGGUUUCAUGGUCUCACAGCCAGCCAUGCGAGUGGUAGUCGAACAAUACGCCGCUCACAAAACCGAAAUCGAAGCCUACACCAAUGGCCAUUGGGCUGGCGAUUGCGUCCUGGGGAAAGUGUUUACAGAAGCCGGUGUGAAGUUCACCGACGCCUGGCCCAUUAUGCAAGGAGAUUAUCCAGGACUUGUCGCGUAUGCUCGACCAGACGGACGGCCCAUCGCUGACCCGAAUAAGCGUGUUUGGUGUUAUCCUACAGUAUCGUAUCAUCAUCUAUCUUCCGAUAUGAUAGAGGAUCUCUGGAAGUUCGAGCAAGAUUGGCUUGCGAACAAGCCGGAUGAUUCACGCUUUCUUCGCCAUAAAGAUGUCUUCAGUCAGUACAUCAUGCCGAGAAUGUCUGCAGAUCUCACGGAUUGGGACAACGAGAGCGACGGUGAAGAGCAUAACGUCACGUCCUUUGAUGAGUGUAAGACAUUGUGUAUUGCAGCAGCUGAGUGCAGACAAUUCUCGUAUAGUCAAGAGGGACAUUGUAAAACUCGUAUCGACCCUAGACUAGGCAAAGCGACGCCUGGCGUGAAGUCCGGUUGGUUGCAAGAUCGGAUGGCCAAAUUCGAGCAUGAAAUGGCUCCUUGUGAAGGUCAGGGUUGGAUGUUGUAGUCCUUAUAUAGUUUUUCUUUCGUCCGUAGUAUAAGCCUAAUGGUCCUUUUGCUCUUCCG